CAGUCAUCAUCGGCGUCGCGUCACAGCAAGACACACGCGCUCCAGAUGCACCGAUCCGUAUCGCGGCGACACGCACACCGACACACACAACGCUGCGAUCUGUCAAAGUUGCAGCGAGCGCGUUCACCAACGAGCGUUGUAACUUUUAUUAUUGUUAUUAGUGCUACUCGUUCGGUUCUUUGUUCUCGGUAAUGCUACCUGAAAGGAACAACAUAUCGAAAAUGCGCAUAAUAUUUGUAAAAUUUCGCGAGAUCUCGCAGAAAUACCCGAUCGUUCGAGGCAUGGCAUCUUAUUCGGUUAUAUGGCCAACCGCGAACCUGUUGCAACAGAAAAUAAUGGGCAAAGAGGAAUUUAAUUUCGCGGAAGUUAUGCGAUUUAGUUUGUACGGUAGCCUUUAUGUAGCACCUACAUUGUACUGCUGGUUAAAAUGCGCGUCUUAUCUUUGGCCGAGAGCAGAUUUAAAGUCUGCGAUCACUAAGGCUUUGGUUGAGCAAGUUACGUAUACUCCUGCAGCUAUGUGUUCCUUCUUCUUUGGCAUGAGUUUUCUUGAAUUAAAGCCAGUUUCGGAAUGUAUUGAGGAAGUCAAAAUUAAAUUCUGGCCAACAUACAAGGUUGCCAUUUGCGUAUGGCCAAUUCUGCAAACUAUCAAUUUUACCCUGAUCCCAGAGCGGAAUCGCGUUGUGUACGUCAGUGUAUGCAGUUUGAUUUGGACUUGUUUCCUUGCAUAUAUGAAGUCUGUUGAAGCCAAGCGAAAGCAAAAGGAACUAGACAUUAAUCCUAAGAUUAUGUUAGAGAAUAAAGUGCAACCUAACGACAGAUCCAGCCAUUUACAGAUUCCUCUACUACGAUGAAAGUUUUAGGAUAUUUGACAUGCUAUUAGACUAAUUUGUACAUAAUUUUGAGAGAACUUAUAUAUAUCUAAUUGAGGAAGUCAUAUACAUAUUUAUAUUUUAUUACUAUAUGACGCUGUAUUUGUGAUAUUCACAGUCCAAAAUAAUAUCUACUUUUGUAGUAAGUCUUGCUGUAUAAUGGCUAUGUUCCAAAAUUUAUUGCCGAUAUUGGAAAUCGAUAGUUUGUAAACAUAAUGUAUAUUAUAGAUUUCCAGUACUGACAGUGAAUUUUGGGACAUGGUAAAUAAUACAUUUCAGUGAUAUUAAAAUAAAAUAGCGAAAGUAUAUAUAAAUUCUUAGAAAUUAUAAAAAUAUAAUGUGAUUGGCAAUAUGGAAGACAUUUGACAAUAUGGAACACAAAUUGUUGAUAAUAUAAAAUAAUGUAAAGAAUAAAAUUAAAUGAAAUUA